AUGGGGCUGUGUCAUGGAAAACCCGUUGAAACCUCACAAAGUGAAGAUGGGCACCACGUUUUCCCCGGCGAGAAAGAGGUGGUGGUGGGAGCGAGUCCCAAAACAUCCACUAAAGGUUCAAAGUUUCCGUUUUACAGCCCAAGCCCGUUGCCGAGUCUGUUUAAGAACUCGCCGGCGAACUCAAGUGUGAGUUCGACCCCUCUGCGGCUCUUCAAGCGGCCCUUUCCGCCUCCGUCGCCGGCGAAGCACAUUCGGGCCUUGCUGGCCCGCCGCCACGGCUCCGUCAAGCCCAAUGAGGCCUCCAUCCCCGAAGGGAGUGAGUGUGAGGUUGGGCUCGACAAGAGCUUCGGCUUCUCUAACCACUUUCAUGCUCACUAUGAGCUUGGGCCCGAGGUGGGCCGUGGCCACUUUGGCUACACUUGCUCUGCCAAGGGAAGAAAAGGCACCUUCAAGGGCCAUGAUGUUGCUGUCAAAGUCAUUCCAAAGUCCAAGAUGACAACAGCAAUUGCCAUAGAGGAUGUAAGGAGAGAAGUAAAGAUAUUGCGAGCUCUGACUGGGCACAAGAACCUGGUGCAAUUUUAUGAAGCCUAUGAAGACAAUGAUAAUGUUUAUAUAGUAAUGGAGUUAUGCAAAGGAGGUGAACUGCUAGAUAAGAUUCUUUCCAGGGGUGGAAAGUACUCUGAAGAAGAUGCCAGAAUUGUUAUGCUUCAGAUAUUAAGUGUGGUAGCUUUCUGUCAUCUGCAGGGUGUUGUUCACCGUGAUCUCAAGCCAGAGAAUUUUCUUUAUAUUUCUAAGGAGGAAAAUUCCACUCUGAAGGUCAUUGAUUUUGGACUCUCUGACUAUGUGAAGCCUGAUGAAAGGUUGAAUGAUAUUGUUGGAAGUGCAUAUUAUGUAGCUCCUGAAGUUUUGCACAGAUCUUAUGGGACAGAAGCAGAUAUGUGGAGCAUUGGUGUAAUUGCUUACAUUCUUUUAUGUGGAAGCCGACCAUUUUGGGCCAGGACAGAGUCUGGCAUAUUUCGGGCUGUCCUGAAGGCAGAUCCAAGUUUUGAUGAAGCUCCUUGGCCAUCUUUAUCAGCUGAUGCAAUUGAUUUUGUAAAGAGACUCUUGAAUAAAGAUUAUCGUAAAAGGCUAACUGCAGCUCAGGCUCUCAGUCAUCCAUGGCUCUCGAGUCAUUGCGAUGAUGUGAAGAUACCUUUUGAUAUGAUAAUCCACAAGCUUGUUAAAGCUUAUAUAUGCUCAUCUUCAUUGCGCAAAUCGGCAUUAGGGGCUCUUGCAAAGACGUUAACAUUAGUGCAGCUAGCAUAUCUGAGAGAACAAUUCAACAUGUUAGGGCCAAACAAAAGUGGGUUAAUCUCCAUGCAGAACUUCAAGACGGGUAUUUUAAGGAGUGUCACUGAUGCCUCAAAGGAUUCAAGGGUUUUAGAUUAUGUGAACAUGGUUAGUUCAAUCCAAUAUCGGAAAUUAGAUUUUGAGGAAUUUUGUGCCGCUGCUAUAAGUGUCCAUCAACUAGAGGGAAUGGAUAGCUGGGAGCAACAUGCAAGGCGUGCCUACGAGUUGUUUGAAAAGGAAGGAAAUAGACCAAUUAUGAUUGAAGAGCUUGCCUCGGAACUUGGGCUUAGCCCUUCAGUACCAAUUCAUGUGGUACUCCAAGAUUGGAUAAGACACUCAGAUGGGAAGCUUAGCUUCUUGGGGUUUGUUAGGCUCCUGCAUGGAGUUUCUUCUCGCACAUUUCAGAAGGCUUGA